AUGCCACAAUCGAAAUUUUGUCCGCGGCCCACACGCACAGGUCGGCGCAUCGAGUUGGGCCGCCAGCUGCACGGCUCUACUGCGUAUGGGGACGAGUCUAAUCACACUUCAGAUGCCGAUCGGGAGCAAGCGAAGCAGCAGAUUGAACUAUCUUGGCCCAGGAUUUACUUACGGCUCAUUAACUGUUACUUCAGCUAUGCCUUCACGACUGUGCCUGUGCCUGAGUAUGAGCGAUUCGCUCAUGCGUUCAACUGUUCAUUUGGGGACCCAACUCUUAUGGCGAAAUACCUGAAUGGGCAAGAAGGUGACGAGGCUACCUGUUCAUACUUUCAUGAAUGUCUUGCGGAUUUGAAUCCAAAGGAUCCAGCUUCUUUCGUAUAUGCCACACCAGAGACGAUUGAAGUGCUCCUGACAGUAAUUUGUGCAUGGGGUGCGCAUUUCAUCCUACUGCCUUUUGAGCAGAUUGAUUUACACUGUUUUUCUCACAUGGGACACAAAUCACUUGCUCAAGCGGCCGAAAUGGAUCCAGGGCUUGGCUUUCGCCGCUCCGACCCGGCAGGCUUAUCAUGCAAUGGCGCAUCAGGCGAAGGGAUGAAACGGCGGCAGAAGCGGCGUCAAGGCGUUGCUUGUGACACAUGCCGUCUUCGGCGUGUGCGAUGUGACUUGAUGGAACAACCACCUGGCACUAAAGCUUGCACACGAUGCCGGGUGAAGCGUAUAGUGUGUACCGACCGGUACAUCAAAUGGAAACGCGAGCGAGAUAUGCUAAAAAACCCAAGUGGUACUCAUGCGUUACCUGACGUGCAACUACUUCCGAAACGUGAGGAAUUUUUGAUGAUGGAAGAGCAACCUUUGCCUGUGCAGAAACUAUCGCAACAAGAGCUGCUUGAGCACGGUACGACUCGCGAAGCUGCAUGCAAUUUUUUUAUCAACAGGUCCCUGAUGCUUGUGCACAAGUAUGAUCUUGUAAACAAGUGUGUUGUACAGAGUGUUAUAGCGCUACUGAUGCUUAGCUCUCUUCUUGACUAUGUUCGACCAGAUUUAUCAAUGGAUUCACACCGUGUGGCGGUGCAGCAUCUCAAGAAACUCUUUGGUGGAACUGAGUUUGACUUGAGCAUUUUCUUGCAAUCGGGACCAUUUUUUGAGCAGAUUAAGCUUCUGUCGCCUUCCGUGUACAGCACAUGGUCUGGGUGCGUGACGCCGUACUUUCCCAUGUUUCCUCGGGAUUGGUACGCCGUUGGAUUCCGCACCGAAACCAAUGGCCCAAUCCGGAUACAGCCCGUGUCGCAGCUUCUGCAGUUUUGUGAACAACUGUCACCUGAAAUGUCCCUUGCCAUGGUGAUGUUUCUGACGCAUCAGCUAGCCCUUGUGGGCCAUACCCUGUAUGAUGAAAUCAUUGUGCCAACCACGAGCGAUAAGAUACCACCAUCUAUGCCGGCAUUCAAAUCAUUGUAUGAUGCAUGCAGGCGAGUAUGGGACGACCUAUACACUGUUGAAAGGGCAUUGCAUGUCUUACUCAGAAAUGCGGCUCCUCAUGUGACUUGUCUACGACCGAUGAACAUGUUGGUGUGUGCUAUCAUGGUGUAUUCGGUUCUCUUUUUGCUAUAUCAGAUCAUCUCCAAGCGCAUCAACGACUGGGCAAGUUCGAGCCAAUCUAUACUAUCGUUUAGUGACCCAUCUGAUGAAAAAGAGGAACUCAUCAGUGGGAUUCGCGAACUCAUGCGAGAAAGUCAGGAACAUACGCUGAAAAUCUGCCGCACUAUUGCCAUGUAUAUUCACAAACUUCUACCCACAGGUCUUGUAUGCCGUGGAACUACUCUGAUCCGUUUAACAUUUCGAAUUGCCCAGGUUCUAUCCAGGGCGACUCCUGUGUCGGAGGAGAUGAAUGAGCCAUCUGAGACACCGGGCCAGAACGAUCAAACCAUUCACUCAACACCGCUUUUCGACGAAUUGUUAAAUCCGUCGGGUGACGCUACGGAUAAUGUUUCGGCAUUUGCUGGUGCUUUACCUCGUUUUGCUACUGGUACUGCCACUUUUGUGCCAGAUAAUGAAAAGAGUGCAUUGGCGAGCACCAAACCCUGGUCGUCCGCACCCUCAGGCAUAAGGCAGGGGUCUUCGGAAAUGCGGCAUGGCAGCACAAAGUAUGCAGAAGCCGACCCUGACAACAUCAACAUCUUACUCACAACGCCACUUUCGCGUACGCUAGGUCCAUUUACACGAAAUGCUAAGAUCAAAGAAACUGAUUGGUGUAUCGAAGCUCUUGGACAUAUCGGAUUUUCAUACCCGAACUUGGGCGUUGAGAUCCGCCGAAUUGUUGACACAAUGCAAGCCAUCACAUAA